AUGUCUGACAACAACGCACCUUUCAACUUGAGUACAGUGAAGAUUCCGUCAAAGACAUCGGGCUGGAACCUGGAUGCAUGGAAAUAUGUGCCGAUAAAACACAAGGGAAAGGCUGGACCACAUCCUGUUAUUGUCAUGGCACACGGCUUCUCUGCGAACAAGAAGAUGAGCCUCACGCCGUAUGCCGAGGCGUUCACAGCUCUUGGAUACGCAUGUGUCGUUUUCGACUACAGACGCUUUGGCGACUCUGAUGGCACGCCGCGUGAGUGUAUUUACGUGUCAGAACAGCUGGACGACUAUAGGACCGUGAUUGGAUGGGUGAAGAAGCAAGAGGAGUUUGAUGCGCAGCGUGUUGUGCUUUGGGGGACGAGCUUUGCGGGUGCACACGCCAUUACUCUGGCUGUUGAGAAGGACCUAAAACUCACAUGUGCAAUCACGCAAUGCCCUUACGUUGGAAGUGCUCCAAAACCUUCAUUCACGGUGUUCCUCAAGUUGGUUGGGUAUGGUAUCGUCGACUUGCUCCGCCAAGCACUCGGGCGAGAACCGCUGUAUAUCCCUGUUGCGGGUGCACCUGGGACGGUAGCAGGCUUGACGACACCAGAUAGCGUAGACGGCUUUAAGCAGAUUGCGCGGGAUAAGAGGGACUAUCCUAAUCGCAUAUCCGCAUCGAGCAUGUUCGAGCUCCCAUUUUACAAGCCUUCGGCGAAGGCAUCGAAAAUAGCAUGUCCGGUUCUUCUUAUUCUUGCUGAGACGGACGAGCUGUGCCUACUUGAAUACUCGCUGAGCGUUGCGCGUUCGUCGGAUAAAUUUGUGACGGAAAGGACUCCUGGAGGACAUUUUGAUUUGUAUCCUGAUGGGCCGGAUCACGAGCAGUCGUUGAAAGCGCAGGUUGCGUUUCUUCAAAAACAAGUUCCGGUGUAGUGGCAUUAUACACAUUGCCAGCAGCACUGUGCACAUUGCUAUCGACUGCUUUCUUGACUGGUUGCUAAUGUGAUGUAUUACCAUAUGUGUAACAAGGGAGAGGUUAAGUAUAAAUAUAUACACGGGGAUAUGUAUUGAGUUGGUCU